AUGGAACAAGAUGUCAUAAAUUUGAAAAACCAUACUACUCAAUAUAAAAUACUGAAAGAUGAAGAGAUAAAACAAAAAGCCCUGAAGACAUAUAUGGAUAGCGAUGAGUAUAAAAAAGAAGUUGAAGCAAAUGUAAAGGCAGAAAAACUUUUACAGUU